CUCCUCUCUGUCUGUUAGGUGAAAUCAGUGAAGACUGGAUCAGUGUUCUGGACCAUAGGCUGCUGCCUCUCAUACUUCUACAUGGUGUCUGCAUGGGGAGGCUACGUCUUCAUCAUCAACCUGAUUCCUCUCCAUGUGUUUGUCCUGCUGCUGAUGCAGCGCUACAGCAGACGAGUCUACAUCGCUUACAGUACGUUCUACAUCGUUGGUCUGGUGCUCUCCAUGCAGAUCCCCUUUGUGGGGUUCCAACCAAUCAGGACCAGCGAACACAUGGCUGCAGCAGGUGUGUUUGCAUUGCUCCAGGCCUAUGCCUUCCUCCAGUACCUGAAAGACAGACUGACCAGACAGGAGUUUCAGACCCUCUUCUUCCUGGGGGUCUCUCUGGCUGCUGGGGCGGUCUUCCUCACUGUUAUAUACCUGACUUAUACAGGACACAUCGCUCCUUGGAGUGGUCGAUUCUAUUCACUGUGGGAUACAGGGUAUGCUAAGAUCCACAUCCCCAUCAUAGCUUCUGUGUCGGAGCACCAGCCCACCACCUGGGUGUCGUUCUUCUUCGACCUCCACAUCCUGGUCUGUACCUUUCCUGCUGGACUCUGGUUCUGCAUCAAGAACAUCAACGACGAGAGAGUCUUCG